AUGGGUACGGUGGAACGCAGUGCCUCUGUACCCUUGAUAUGUAUACUAACUCAGAAAGGUUGGGAUGUAGCACGAGAUGCAAGAAAUCUUAUUCCAAAUCCUGAAACAAGAGGAAAAGUUCAAGGAUGGAUGGACAAUGUAGGAAGACAAGCAGGAAACUAUUAUAACAAAGCAAAUGACUACUAUAACCAAGCAGGACACUAUAUGGACCAAGGUGAAAGAUUCUUUAACAGAGGAUAUAACCAUGCACAACAGUGGGUAAACAAUAACCAACCUCAACCACCUCAAACGUGGGGAAUGUAA